AAUCUUGUUGCAGAAGCAUCAUUCACAUCAUGUGAGAAGCUUUUCAAAGUGCUUAUAUUGGGGGAUCAAUCAGUUGGCAAGACAUCCUACGUACAGCGUUAUGUUGGGAACACUUUUGCAAAAGACUACAAAGAAACAGUGGGUGUGGAUUUUGCAGUGAAGGUUCUAAAAUUAUUAGACGCAACUGUAGCAUUACAGUUGUGGGACAUUGCUGGUCAAGAAAUAUUUACAUGGAUGACACGUAUAUACUGCAAGAACUCGCAUGGCUGUGUGAUCAUGUUUGACUUGUCAAACAGAAGUACAUUAAAUAAUGCAAUCAGAUGUAAGAAAGAAGUUGUUGACUCAAACUGUACUGCACCAGAAGGGAAAAAAUUUCCUUGCAUCUUAAUUGCAAAUAAGUGUGACAUACUGGACAGUGAAAAAGAAGUUACUCAAGCAGAAAUUGAACAGAUCUACAGAGAGCAUGAAUUCUCUGGCUGGACAAAAACUUCAGUGAAAAAUGGAUUCAUGGUGAAUGAAUCCUUAAGGUAUCUUACCACUCUCAUGCUUCAAGGAGGGGAUUCUAUUGAGCCAUCUGAGAAUAUCACACUCACUGUCCCUGAAAGUUCCACAAGGAAAUGUUAUUAACAAAUUACAUCUUGCUUCUGGAUAUCACAUAUUUAAGUGAGCAAUUAGAAUAACUUGUUUUGUGAAAUUAUGUUCUGGUAAAAAUAUUUAACUGCAUAUUCAGCCAGUACCCAACAAGAGGAAUUAACCCUUUUCAUGUUUAUCUUAAUUUAUAAUUGCCACUGAUGCAAAUCACAAUAGUUCACUUCAAAUACCAAAAGAUGGUUAGAAAACUUACGUACACUUAUAUUUUGAUGUAUUCAAGAUAUUCGGAACAGAAGUAUAAACAAGAUAUCUUCUCCGAGGCAUGGAAAAGAUUAACAUAAAGCCCCAAAUUGUUAAUAAUAAAUCAUAUUGUAAUUCUGAAAGUAUGUUAUUCUUAAAGGCAGAAUUUGUGUUGUAACUUAUUACUUUAAUUUGAAAAGAAUGUAUUAAUAAAAUCAGCAAUAUUGAACAA